AUGGAACUGCUACCACAUGACGUGGUAGAGUAUAUUUUAGAGAGACUUGAUGCGAAAACCCUCCUCAAGUUCACGGCAGUAUCGAAGCAAUGGAAAUCUAGUAUCAUCCAGUGCCGUUCUUUCCAAACAAGACAGAUGCUCCAUCGCAAGCAAUCAGGAAAAACAGAUGUUGUUUUGGUGUCCUUAUACGAUGGUUCUGGUAGUAAUCCUAACAUUGAAGCUCUGAGAACGUUGGUGGUGGGGUCAACAGUUUCUGUCAAGAUCCCUACUAGUUGGGAAAACAAGUUUUACCAGGUUUGCAACUCUAGCUGUGACGGUCUGAUAUGCCUCUACUAUCGUUAUGAUCCAAGCAUUGUGGUCAAUCCCACCACUCGUUGGCAUCGAACUAUCCCUCCAUGCAACUAUCAACUUGAGGCUUUUGAUAGAAUCAGACAAUUGGUAUCACGUUCUCCUGGAUUUGGUAAAGACAAGAUCAAUGGGACAUACAAACCAGUUUGGUUAUACAAUUCUGCUGAAGUAGGUCUGAAAAACAAAAGCAUUACUACUUGUGAAGUUUUUGAUUUUACCACAAACGCUUGGAGUAUUCAUGAUCGUUUGUGCGUGUCUGAGAGGAUUUGGCCAGAGCAAGUGAUAUGGUCGUUUGAUUCAGAAGACAAGACAUGGAAGAAAAUAUAUUCAAUAGAUCUCAAAACAACCCCUUAUUGGCGUAGGAAUAACAUAUGGAGGACAUUCACACCGCUAUCAGUUUUGGGGAAGGACAAGUUACUGUUUUACGAUGGUGAAUCUUCGGAUGGACCACUGGUAACACUUGAUCUCAAAACUAAAUAUUAUGACAUAGCUUACAAAUGUAAUUUCAAAGCAUACAAAGCUCUUUGUUAUGUCCCGAGUUUAAUCUCUAUUUUGUAAACCUCUCGAACCAUAUUUGCUUUUAAGCCAUUGUUAGU